AUGGCGCAGCGGGCAGCAGGGAAGGAGAGCGAGCGAAGGGGCAGCGACACCUGUGUGUAUGCGCCGACGUUCGAGACCCCCCUCGUCUGCCACCCCCACUCCUUGCUAGUGUACCCAGCCCUACCGGGAGCCCUGCAGCGGCGGUGGUACCAGGUGGAACAGGACCUGGCUGACGAGCUGAUCACCCCCCAGGGCCAUGAGAGGUUGCUGCAGACACUUUUUGAGGACGCCGGCUACUUAAGGAGCCCAGAAGAAAAUGAAGCCCACAAGCUGGAGGGAGGUCCUGAUGGCUUGGGGUUUGAGACCCUGGAAAACAGCAGGAAGGCUCAUAAAGAACUGUCAAAGGAGAUGAAAAGGCUGAAAGGUCUGCUCACCCAGCAGGGCAUCCCCCACGCAAAGCCCAGGGAAACCUCCAGCUUGGAACACUUCCGCCACAAGAUGCCCAGACCGGGGCCUGCAGAGCAGCUGCGGGGCGACCCGGGCCUGCGUGGGAGCUUGUGAGCCUUUGGUGUGAAGAGCCCCACAGAGAAGCCGGCCAGUGGGAACCCCCAGGGACCAGCCGGCCAGGCUUGUGCUCAGAGAAGCAGACAAAACAAAGAUUCAAGGUUUUAAUUAAUUCCCAUACUGAUAAAAAUAAUUCCAUGAAUUCUGUAAACCAUUGCAUAAAUGCUAUAGUGUAAAAAACUUAAACAAGUGUUACCUUUAAACAAUUACUACAAGUAAAUGAUUAU